AUGUUAUCAAAUGGAAGGAUAUUAGUCACUGGUGAACUGAAUGUUAACACUAAUCUGAACAGUGUUGAAUUGUAUGAUCUAUCAGCUGGAAAUUGGAUAACAACUACAAAUAUGAAUAUUGAACGUUCUCAACACACUGCAUCGAUACUUGCAAAUAGAAAAAUAUUAGUUGCUGGUGAUUACAAUGGUAACAGUUCUAUCAACACCGCUGAAUUAUAUUAA